ACAAUAAAGUCUGAUAAAAAAAAAAAAUCAAAAAGGCCGGAGAAAAUAAAAUAGUUCACAAAAUAUCACACACAUAUUUCUCUGCCGAAUCGCCGGUAAAUUAUUUGUCAUGAAUGAGGCCGCUGCACUUGCUCAAUGAAAGCACACUUCCCAAUUUAUCAAGAAUCGCCGCCGCCCAUUGUCAAGCGAUCAAAUCAUCCCUCAUCUCCGAUACAUACACUUCCAAUAACCUCAUAAGCAGUUACUCGAAAUGCAGAGAUUUAAAUUCCGCCCUCAAACUGUUCGACGAAAUGCCGCACAGAGACACCGCCUCUUGGAACACCGUCAUCACCGGGUACGUGAAUUCAAGAAACAUUCCAACUGCUUGGGGAGUCUUGAAAUCAAUGAAAAGACUCGGGUUUUUAUUCGACGGGUACACAUUUGGAAGCAUGCUCAAGGGCAUUGCUGUCGGCAGCGGACUCAUGCAAGGCCAGCAACUCCAUUCCGAUGUUGUGAAGAUGGGGUUUUGUGACAAUGUAUAUGCUGCUAGUGCACUUUUAGAUAUGUACGCAAAGUGCAGCAGAGUUGAGGAUGCGGACAAGGUGUUUAAGUACAUGCCGGAGAAAAAUACGGUUUCUUGGAAUGCUUUGAUUUCAGGGUAUGCUGAAAUAGGGAAUCUACAGCGUUGCAUUGAGUUGUUUAUGUCUAUGGAGAUGGAGAGUAUGAGAGUAGACGAUGCAACAUUUGCACCUCUUUUGACAUUGCUUUGUGAUGAUGUGUUUUACGACUUAACAAGGCAGCUCCACUGUAAGAUUACAAAACAUGGUCUCCAGCAUGAGAACACUGUUCUUAAUGCAACCAUAACUGCAUAUGCAGAAUGCGGAUGCAUUGAAGAUGCAAACAGAGUGUUUGAUAAUGCUGACGGGUCCCGCGAUUUAGUGACGUGGAAUUCCAUGUUAGCAGCUUACUUGGAUCAUGAUCUUGAAGAGUGUGGAUUUGACCUUUUCUUGGAGAUGGUGAGACUAAGGAUGGAAAUGGAUGCUUAUACGUAUUCGAGCGUAAUAAGUUCUUGCUUUGGAGAUGCAGAACAGAGCCUCGGAAAAUCCUUGCAUAGUUUGGUAAUAAAGAGGGGAUUCGAAGAGGUUACACAUGUAUCUAAUGUAUUAAUUUCCAUGUAUUUAAAAUCUAGUACCCAAAGCGUGGACGAUGCUUUGAAAGUAUUCGAACAUAUAGAUGUGAAGGACUAUGUAUCAUGGAAUACAAUUUUGACCGGCUUGUCUCAAGUUGGGGCGAGUGAAAUUGCCUUGAGGCUCUUCCAGAAGAUGCAUAAUGACUAUUUAGUAAUCGACCAUUACGCCUUUGCAGCAGUCUUGAGAUCUUGCUCGGAUUUAGCCACACUCCAGCUUGGCCGACAGGUUCAUGUCUCGGUGGUCAAAUCGGGAUUUGAGGGAAACGAGUAUGUAGCUAGUGCUUUGAUAGUCAUGUACUCAAAGUGUGGAAUCAUUGAAGAUGCUCGGACAUCAUUUGAUGCAUCUCAUAAAGGCAGUUCUGUGACGUGGAAUUCGAUGAUUUUUGCUUAUGCACAACACGGGCAAGGUAAAGUUGCGCUUGACGUGUUCGACGAAAUGACUAAGAGAAACGUGAAGGUGGAUCACGUGACCUUCGUUGCUGCUCUCACUGCAUGCAGUCACAUUGGUUUGGUUGACAAAGGUCUCGACUUUCUGAAAACCAUGGAAACAAAAUACGGGGUUUCGCCAAAGAUGGAAAAUUACGCAUGUGCAGUCGAUUUGUUAGGUAGAGGCGGACGUUUGAUGGAGGCGAAAGAAUUGAUUAAGGAAAUGCCGUUUGAAGCUGAUGUAACGGUGUUGAAAACGUUGUUAGGUGCUUGUAGGGCGUGUGGCGACAUACGAUUCGCUACUGAGGUAGCUGAUCGGUUGAUUGAACUGGAUCCUGGAGACCAUUGUACUUAUGUUCUCUUGUCUGAUAUUUAUGGAUAUCUUAAGAGGUGGGAUGAGAAAGCUAGUGUGAAGAGGUUGAUGAGAGAGAAAGGAGUGCGAAAGGUGCCUGGUUGGAGUUGGAUCGAGUUGAAAAACGAGGUUCAUGCUUUUAAUGCGGAAGAUUAUUCGCACCGUGAUUGCAGAGAAAUAUACCGGGCUUUGGAGGAAUUAACUAAUGAAAUUAGGGUUUGUGAAGAUGGUUUUAUUUUGGAUGUUCCGAUUGAUGAUGUCGACCUUGCCAAUGGGUAUUGGAUAAUAAGUGGUGAUGGUUUUGUUCAAAGUAUGCAGUUUUCUAACAUGCAAAAAGACGAAACCUUUCUUCCUCUUUGAGAAACGAGAAUGUCGAUAAGGAAUUGGCGGUUCAAUUUCGAAAAUUAUCACCCCUGAAACCAAUUUCGAUUUUUAUUUUUGGAAUUUUUAUCAUCAAGAAUUUUGUUAGUUACUACAUACAGAGAAGCUACAAAAAUAUACGCGUUUCUCUGGUUAUGGUUAACAAUUUUUAGAUCGUGUAGAAGGAAGAUGUUACUGAACAUGAACGUGCAACCACUCAAAGUGCACCGAGACGACUCCGCUCUCAAAGUUCUUCGCAAAUCAUUCAAGAUUUUUUCCUUAUUGGUUAGUUUUCCUAUCUUUCUAGGUAAUUUUUUUUUGCUUGUGUGUGUGUGUGUAGCCUUGUGUUUGUUUCAGUGCAAAAUUGCAGUUAUUCACAAGAUGUGACUAUUUUCUGAUAUUUGACAGUCUGCAAUUUAUUCAGCUA